AUGUCGUUGUGGAGGGAAUCCUGUCAACAACUGCGUCAUGCAGUACCAAAGGCCAUCAACGGGAAUCGCAUGUGUCAAGCGCAGUCGAAGAGAUUCCUUAGCGAUGUUAGCCAAUCGAGCCAUACCCAGCUGUAUAGCCGACGAGGUGCGCAGUUUGGAGUCGCACGGGGGUUCGUCAAUUCCCCGCGGCGAAGCUUUUCAGCUACCGCUGGAGUGCAGCACGGCCAUAUUACACCUCCCAAGCCUGGCGAAGAACUCCAUGUGUCGUUCAUCGACAAGGACGGCCAGAAGUACGACUUCGAGGUAGCCGAGGGAGAUAACCUGCUGGACAUUGCGCAAGCCAAUGACCUGGAAAUGGAAGGGGCCUGUGGUGGUUCUUGCGCCUGCUCAACCUGCCAUGUCAUUGUGGAGGACCCAGAGAUGUUCGAUAAGAUGGAGGAGCCUUCCGACGACGAGAACGACAUGCUGGACUUGGCGUUUGGUCUGACAGAGACAUCUCGUCUGGGAUGCCAGGUGAUCAUGACCAAAGACCUUGACGGCCUUGUGGUUCAGUUGCCUUCCAUGACACGGAACCUGCAGGCAAGCGAUUUCGCACAGAAGCAAUAA